GUUGUGUUUAAUUAGUUAGUCUCUUUACAAGGGGAGAUCCCUGUUGUUUCUAAAUGCAGACCGUCUACCACAGCCUCCACGUUUAUUUGGGGAUGUUAACAUACUUUUCCCCCUCUGCUUACCGCAGGCCACAUGCAGACGCACAUACAGUACACACAGACAGAGUUUUACAACCGAACCACACACCGUACUAAUGCCUCGUUAGUGUGUUCUGACUCAUUUAGAUGGAGAUUAUAGGGUCUGCGUGUUGACUGACUACCUGACCGACUGAUUUAAGGCUAACACGGGAAAAGCUCCUGUCAACAAUGUGAUGGAGCUACAAGGAGGUUCAAUCAAACACAGCAAGCUGUGGUUUAAAUCAACGUAAUCACUCAUGCAUUUCACUGCAUAUUGAUAAGUCUUUCUGCAGCGGCACACACCCACUGACGUUAGUUAGCGUCUGUCUGCGUUUCAUUUAGAGCAAACAGCCACAGACAGCCUGUUCAGAUUAGUUUUUCCAUAAAUGUCAUCCCUUCAAAACACCACAACCAAAGCAAAAACAACAGGAAGUGCCUCCAGAGUGUAUCUGCAUCUCCAUGACAACUGGUGGAUGUAGUGUUGCACACCAGAGCCCCACCCUAAGGGGGAAACAAUAGUCUUCGAGAGUCUCGUGUCCAGUUCUGGAGAAGAAUAAUAUGCUUAUGCUAUUUAAACUUUCUAUUCUUCCUGUAAUCCCCCAGGGAGCCUUCUGCCCCAAAGAAAGGCCUUUACACUCUAUCAGAUCUGACCUUUUCACGUGUACUGGAUGUGUGCUCGGGUGCACCGACAUUAUCACAAGACAGACAUGGGUCUGUGUUCCAGAGCACCCAACUGUUUAUGAAUAAUGACCAGUCACUUCCUCUGCGUGUUUGUGCCAUUGUGUGCGAGUGUUUUACAGUUAAAAGGAAGAGGAUUUAUAGCACAUGCACACAUACAUGCACCAGCCUCGCCCUAAUAACAGAAGCUCCUAAUAGCUUUGACUGAGUUCCUAAGAAAGAAACUGUCAGCAUGUUUUGUUUUGGUUUUUUUUAAUCAGAUGUCCACGCUUUUCACAGUCGCCAUAAAGACUACAAAGGUUUCAUUAACACAAUGGGCUUAUGUAACUGGGGCACUUUUUGAAACAGCACCGAAUCACAACAAAAAAAAUAUCUAAUUUUAAACUUGAGGGUGAUUUUGUUGUACUUUGUUGCAGAUAAUGCGCGUGAGAUAUAUUUGAACACUAUUCGCACACUUACACAUGUACGACUUAUCCUGAAACAUCAAAGUCUGCCUCCAAAAUUGCAGCAGCUCCGUCCCGCUGAUGGAGCGGACAGCUUUAGUGGUCUCGUGCCUGAACACAGUUACAAGCACCCAUCUUAUCUUCACAGCUCUGGCCCAUAUGUAGCCAACACACACACACACACACACACUCGCGUAGCCACUCACCCACUAUCUGCCCGACCCGCUAUAUUUAGCACCAUGCUACAUUAGCACUUCACACUCCAUUGAAAAUGCACGGUACAGCAACAGUUUUGAUAAGAGUGCUGGCUUUCUUUUUCAUGCUGGCGCACGCGCACACACACACACACACACACACACACACACACACACACAGUGCAUAAAUACAUACAUUAGGCUGUGUUUACAUACAUACUUCAUACAUACAUAUUUCUCCCCCUCCUCCCCUUUCCUCCCUCUCAUCCCUCUGUCCAUUGUUUUCUCAGGCUGUUAAAAUUCCUGGGCUGUGACCUGUUCCUCCCUUAGCUCCCUUUCUCCUCUUUUCCUCCUGCAUCCUGUCAUAGCUGGGUCUUCUACUUUGUGUCUUUUCUCCGUUUCGCAGUCCUGAGUUUUUCUGUCUUUACUGAUGGCUGGUCAGCGUACAUCCGAGGUUUUCAUGUGUGUGUUUGUAUGUCAGCUCCAGCUGAUAGAUGCAGGCCCACUUGUGAUCUGAAAUAGCCCACACUCUGCUCCUCUCUAACAAGAAGCAGACUCAGACUCUGUGAAUGUGUGUAUGUGCGUGCACACAGAGGUCUGACCAAACAAAGCGAGGGCACUUCAAUUGCUGGGGCUACAGAAAGCUUCUUUCCCCCUUCAUCACUCCUCCUCUGACCCCUCGUUACCCACACACGCACACACACAAACACACACCUCCAAAACCACAGAGCCCAGAGCAGGAAGCACAGUCCCUGAGGGAGGGAGGAGGGGUCAGGAGGAGGGGAGGCAUAAACGCCCCCUCCCUCCUAGCAAAGCUACAGGAGAGGAGGAAACUUAACUUUACACACUUUCUCUCCACCAGCACACACACACAUAUGCACAUGCCUACAGAUGGUGAACACCCACCAACUCAUAACGUUCUGUUCCCCUGCGUCUGGGAGGAUUUAGGAUACACACAUGCUGUGGAGUACGUCUUGGGGGAAACUUUCUCGCCCAGCUGGCUUUGGCUUCAUUUAAAGAGGAGCUGAUGGUUCAUAAAGGGGGCGGAAAAGAGGAAAAAAAAAAGAAAAGAAAAUCCGAGCAGAGGAAAGAAAGCCUCCUCCCUCUCACGCUGUCUUUCUUCAGAGUGAGGUCAUCCAGCGAAGGGAUCUGCUGUGGACAAGACCGCCUGGUCUGGACCUGAUCAGAGAGCCACAGACUAGGUGUUCCAAUGGCGUCAGUUGGAGAACCUCUACUUCAGAGAGAAGAAGUUUUCAGUGGAAGUUCAUGACCCGAGGAGUAGGGCGUCGGUGACGAGAAGGACGUUUGGUCACAGUGGCAUCGCUGUGCAUACGUGGUACGCCUGUCCUGCCCUCAUCAAGUCCAUCUGGGCCAUGGCCAUCAGCCAACACCAGUUCUACCUGGACCGCAAGCAGAGCAAGUCUAAGAUCCAUGCAGCGAGGAGUUUGAGUGAGAUCGCUAUAGACCUGACAGAAACAGGAACUCUGAAGACCUCCAAACUGGCCAACAUGGGAAGCAAGGGCAAAAUUAUAAGUGGCAGCAGCGGCAGUCUGCUUUCAUCAGGCUCUCAGGAAUCGGACAGCUCCCAGACAGCUAAGAAGGACAUGCUGGCAGCACUGAGGGCCAGGCAAGACGCUUUGGAGGAAACGCUAAGACAGAGGCUAGAGGAACUCAAGAGCAUCUGCAUCAGAGAGGCGGAGCUGACAGGAAAGCUUCCGAAGGAAUAUCCUCUGGAUCCGGGAGAGGAGCCGCCAACAGUACGACGGAAGAUUGGUACUGCCUUCAAACUGGACGAGCAGAAAAUCCUUCCCAAGGGAGAGGAAGAGGAACUGGAGCGUUUGGAGCGGGAGUUUGCCAUUCAGUCCCAGAUUACAGAGGCAGCCAGGCGUCUUGCCAGCGAUCCUCACGUGAGCAGCAAGAAGCUGAAGAAACAGAGGAAGACUUCUUAUCUGAACGCACUGAAGAAGCUACAGGAAAUUGAGAACUCUAUCAAUGAGUACCGGGUCCGCUCUGGCAAGAAGCCUACGCAGAGGGCGUCGCUUAUCAUAGAGGAGGCCAAUAUUGGUUCUGAAGACAGUUCAUUAUCUGACGCACUGGUCUUAGAUGAUGAUGAUCCUCAAGUCACAGGUACACCCACCUUCUCCCCAGUAGCAUCGCCUCACAAGGGCCUCCCUCCUCGGCCGCCAUCUCACAGUCGGCCCCCUCCACCGCAGUCCCUGGAUGGACUGCGACACCUGCACUACUCUCGCUCUGACUACGAUAAAUCACCCAUCAAACCCAAGAUGUGGAGUGAAUCGUCACUGGAUGAGCCCUAUGAAAAAGUCAAGAAACGCUCCUCUCAUUCCAGUCACAGGCGUUUCCCAAGCUCUGGCAGUGCAGAAGCAGGGGGUAGUAACUCACUGCAGAGCAGCCCCAUCAGGAGCCUCCCCCACUGGAAUUCUCAGUCCAGCAUGCCGUCGACCCCGGACCUGAAGACCAGGACCCCACACUACAUACAUUCCACUAGGUCAGUGGACAUCAGUCCGACACGUCUGCACAGUCUUGCUCAGCACUUUAGGAACCGCAGCUCAAGCCUUGAGUCCCAGGGCAAACUGUUGGCACCCGACCCCGAUGCACACCCGCACACUCUGGGCACACUUGGCAGCCCUGACUUCUUCCUGGCCCCAGGACGCAGCUCCAAUGGCUCCGAUCCACUGGACGACUGUUCAUCCUGCACCAGCCAAAGCAGCUCGGAGCAUUACUACCCCUCUGGUGGACCUCCUGGCAGCAAUCCCAACUACUCCACUCUGGGAGAGGACUCACCCUCCAAAGCCAGGCAGAGGCAAAGGCAAAGGCAUAGGUCUGCAGGUCACCUGGGUUCCUCUAACUCGGGCUCCAUGCCAAACCUGGCAGCUAAGAACGGCUCCGGUGGAGGCUCGGGUGGAGGUGGGAUGGGAGGGGGACACCACGGAGUCUACCUCCACAGCCAGAGCCAGCCCUCCUCUCAGUACCGCAUCAAGGAGUACCCGCUAUAUGUGGAGGGCAGCCCCAACCCCGUGGUGGUGCGCAGCCUGGAGAGCGACCAAGAGGGCCACUACAGCGUCAAGGCCCAGUUCAAGACCUCCAGCUCCUACACGGCCGGGGGACUGUAUAAGGAGGCCUGGGGGGGAGAAGAGGGAGGAGAAGGGAGCGGCCGACUCACACCGUCGCGCUCUCAGAUCGUACGGACUCCGUCAUUGGGGCGAGAGGGUGGUGGAAGUGGAGGGGGGAGGGCGGCGGUGUCUGAAGAGCUGCGGUGCUGGUACCAGAGGUCCUCAGGGAGCCUAAAGGAGAGGAGUCACUCACAUUCGGGGUCUACUUCCUCCGAGACAGGGUCACAGCAAGGCACUCUGGGACAUGGUCGAGGGAGUAGAGUAGGGACACUCGCCAAGGGCUCACCAGCUGCGUCCCCUCACAGCCAGAGGAGUAUGACGCCCUCCAGUGAACACGCAGCCACACCCACACCGCCCUGUAGCCCACAGCACAUCCUCAACUGGCAGAGCGGGUCUUUCAGUGACAGCUGUUUCCUCAGCAGCCCCCUGUGUUCAGAGCUGGCAGAUGUGCAGUGGUACGGACACGAUAAGGCCAAACCUGGAACCCUGGUCUGAGACCUUUCUUAAGGGCCCAGAAAAGUUCCAUUGCCCUCUCCUACUGCCUCUCCACUGUCCCCCACUACUACCCAUCGACAACCAACAACCUCAUCCUUAAGGCCCUACGAAAACCCUGCCCUGACCGGACUGGCGGACUGGACAUGAGCCUCCCUCCUCCCUAGAUUCUGCCCUCCAUCCAUCUCACCACCUCUCUUAUUAUGCCCCUCUAUCACAGCUCAGCUGGACAGGGACACACUCUCUGGGCUCUGAUAAGGGCAGAUUUCACAGGACAGACUGAGAAGCACCACCUCAGCUGUUGAACUGUUGCCCUGCAGCACCACAGAGCCCGUUCUUUACUCACCCUCAGCACACAAGCAAUGGGGCAAGGAGGAAAAAAAGGAGCGAUGGGAAGAGAGCACAGAAAAAUAUCAAACAUACAACUCAAACUCAACAGAAGCAACAUCGGCCAUGAAAGGAUCGGUUUCAUAUCUCAUCUUUGGUCCCCUGACCUAACUGACUUCAGUGCACUGCCACCCAAUCAGAAGAUACCUGCUGGAUUUGAGCCACCAGUUUAAAACUCAUUAUCAGGCCCAAAUGAACUGUGUUGGAUUCCAUUACUCCCAUUAAUGUUGUUUGUCUUUUUUGUUUAUUUGUCCCAGCAUAUUUAUAAGAAGAGAAGAUGACACAGACUUUAAAAAAAAAAUCUGGAUUAACAAACAUUUAGAUGACAAAUUCAACUCCUGCUCAGUUUAACCCACAACCAAAGACAACUUACUGGAUUGACUGGUCACACCAGGGUCCCUGGGCUGGUGCCCGUGCAGAAAAGUGACUGUCAGAUAACUGUAUGAGAGUGAAUUCACAGUGACAAUAUCAGGAUGGUUCACGGGACUCUACAAUGAGGACUAUAGCAAUAACAAAACAUUGGACAAGCAUACGAACUGGUUUGAAUCUACAGAGUGAAUUGAAGCGGGCAUUUUGCCGUGUUCUCUGCCUUGUGAUGCUUGGAGUAAAAGAUCAUUAGUGCAUCAUAGGGAGAAUUUGGAGUUGUGGUUAUUGGGUUUGGCAUUAAUCUAUGCUUAUUUCAGUGACUUCAUUCAUGUUUAUUUAACGUCUUUGGUAUUUUUAGGAAGUCUCUGUCCACAUGUUUGGCCACAUUGUGAUCAGUGCUUAGCCAGAGUGUGGGGGUGGGGUCAGGUGAGGGUCAUUCGGGGGUGUUAACAUGGCCACAUCAAGUCAAGGCAUUUGACUUUGGCGGUAAUUUUGAUACAGAAACAAGACGAUUGGUUUCCAUCUUUUCACAUUUUUCAUUCUCACCCCUGAAAGUUUUCUGACUGUUGACAUCUGUUGGUGUUACUUGUGUUUGAUAUUGAGACUAAUCAGUGGUAAAUCUCAUCUUUUUUUAUCACAAGUGUCUCUACUUCAACGUUGGUCUUUGGCUGUGUACCGGUUCUUGCCAUGCUGAGUAUCUGUAAGUCCCCUUUUUGUAGCACUGUGCUUUCUCAUCUUUCUGUCCAUCUCUUCAGCAUCACAGGAGCGUGUGUCAGGAGCGGCCCGACUGAACACACACAGUGUGAACUCUGAGUACAAGUUCAUCAGUGCCAAACCUGUUGGUGCUUUACAUUUGUACUGUAAUUCAGCCACUCCUUUAAGAUAGAAACAGUAACUCCCCACAGAUUAUAGCCAUUCUGUAACUUUUCUCUUUAUUCAAAUGUACUUUGAAAAGCACAACAUUAACAGUGUCUAUGAGGACUGGACCUACAAUUAGUGUGUUCCCAUUUUCAACUCUCAAUAUUUUAAUAAUGAGUUGUAUCAAAGUGCAUAUUGGGAAAGUAGAGAAGCUAGAACCACUGAUAAUGCGUCGCGUGACAGUGCUCUUUUUAUUAAGUACACGGACAUCGAAUUUCAGGUCGACAAUAAUCAAUACCCCGCUGUCAGGGCCAGAAGAGAAGCCAUAGCCAGAAGUGACACAAACAAGUAUUUUCUCAAACAUGCCAAUCAAUCCGAUAUUCAGAACAGGGUUAGAAAAGCACAUCUGGUUUUGUAAGAAGGAAGUAGAACUCUGCAUGUUAUAGCUGUAUCGAAAUCAUCUUCCCCUAACCAGAGUUUAUGUUUAAACUUCAUUGUUGCACAAAUCUGAAUUAAUCAAAUGUUGAUUUUACUAAGAUUAUGGCGCCUCAGUGAUAGAGAGACAUUUACAGACUUGAAGCACCAUUACGUCUGGAUAAUUGGUGUAACGUGGAGGAGGAAUGGUGCGCAUCUCACCCUGUCCCUCAUAGUGUUGUGUCUCCUUUAUGCACUGACACCAGUUGUUGUAAUUUGUCACUUACUACUAUUUAAAUAAGAAGGUUUUAGGCCACUCCCUGCAUGGUUGGUUCUCCAAGAGUUACCCACCUCCAUGCCUGGUCACGUUUGAUCAGUCUUUACCCAGGAUUGGAACCAGCACUCCCUGGUUACCAUCUCAUAGGUCUCUAGUAUAUUCAAGUCACCUGUUAGAGUGCAAGUUUGACCCUGCUUUGCUCACUCGAAGUCUUCGCCCACUGUUUGCGUGCUAAAGACACAAUCCCGUGCAUGCCCUGCAGAUCCACUGACAAAAAAGACCCCCAAAGACAUUCAGCAUCUGACUUCUAUAUGCUAACAUUAGCACAUUUUGCUCCAUAGUGUUUCCUCGCCCCCCUCAGAAAGUCCUAUCUUCUUAACCUUGUGGUAAUCUCUGACCUCUGAGCCCGAUGUGAAGAAGUGUGACGUCCCCCCUCCCUCUGUAGCCCCAAACACACCAUAUUUUCUGUGCUCCAUAGAAACGUAUGAGGUUUUUGUAAUACUCCGAGAGAAACAAACUAACUCUUUUAUCAGUCUUUUUCCUGUAUGUACGGAGGGGCACUGUAAGGUUUUGUGGGGUUUUUAACAUUCACAUUCAUUGUUUUAACAAUGUUCCAUUUUAUAUGAACCAGUAUUGUUUUUGGGUUUUUUUUUUUAGUUCUGACAUUGUAACAACCCUUUCAGGUGCUACAAAAUGACCAGUUACUGCUUUGUCACGUAGGAUCUAGACAUCUUCAUUGUUAUCAAUAGAUUCAAUUACCAGAUGUGCAAAAUGAAGCUUAUUUUAACAGACAGUUUAAUAGUAGAACACUUUCCCUACCAGACAAUAGAGCAUGUAACUUGAUUUUAUCAGUUCUGUUCAACUGUAACAAUACAUUAAAGGUGUUGUAGAAAAAAAAUGUGGAAUUGAUAAAAAAAACCAAAAAAGAUAACUGAAUUCCACAGUUAAUUUAUUCUUUUUUCUAUUAAAAAUUUGUAUAGUAACUUUACAUUUUUCAAAACUGUGUUGUUGGAAAUUGAUGAAUUUUCAAGAUGAGAAGCAGUGGUGGCUCUUGAGAGUAAGAAAAUAAAUUAUUGAUGAAUGUUCUCAA